GAUGAUCACAAGAGGUUGCGCUCUAUAAUCUUCAACUUCUUGAAUGGUGAUAGGCUUCGAACCGCAUUUCUUGAUGAUGCUGAGCAAGUUAUGUCUUUCCUCUUGAGUUCUUGGAAUGAUGGUCCUAUAAUCUCCGCAAAGGAUGAAGCAAUGAAGUUUUCAUUCUAUAUUAUGAUGAAGGAGAUGUUGGAUGUGGAUCCUGGGAGAGCCUGAGAUGGAGAAACUGAUGAGAGAGUAUAAUGACUUCAUAAAAGGAGUUGCUGUUUUCCCUUUGAACAUACCAGGAACUUCAUACUGGAAAGCUUUGAAGUCAAGGGAGAAGAUACUAGAAAUUUUUAAGAGGAAGGUGGAAGAGAGAAAGAGAAUUAAUGGUGAUGAAAACCUUAGAAUGGAAAGAGAUGAUCUACUUAACUGGUUAAUGAAAAACACAACAAAUGGCUUUGAAGAGAUUGGUGAUACUUUGUUGCACACUCUCUUUGGUGGCCAUGAUACCACUUCAAGAGCCAUUUGUCUCUUGCUCUACUUCCUUGAUGGUUGUCCUAAAGCUAUUCAACAGUUAAGGGAAGAACAUCUUCAAGUUGUCAAGAUAAAAGAAGAUAGAGGUGAGAGUAAUAAACUGAACUGGGAUGACUUCAAAGCGAUGGAAUUCACCAAAUGUGUUAUAAAUGAAACUCUGAGACUGGGAAACAUUGCUGGAUUUUUACACAAGAAAGCAAGAACAGAGAUUGAAUUCAAAGGCUAUGUGAUUCCACAGGGUUGCACUGUUAUAACACACCUCUCAGCUGUGCACUUGGAUCCUAAUCUUUUUGAGAAUCCAAAUCAUUUUGACCCUUGGAGAUGGAUGGGAUUAAUAUCAGAUGUUUAUAAGAUGAAGAAUUUCAUGCCAUUUGGUGGAGGACCAAGACAAUGUCCUGGAGCAGAGCUUGCAAGAAUGGAGAUGAUGGUGUUUGUUCACCACCUUUUGUUGAAUUAUAGUUGGGAGUUGGCUGAGCCUGACCACCCAAUUACUCUCCCUUUCAUUGAGUUCCCCAAAGGUCUGCCUGUCAAGAUUCAACCAGUUCCACACAAAUAAAAUGUGGCUUAACCAACACUGGAUUGGUUGAGAUGGUUAGAGGGUUUAGGCUCUUCAAUAAGUGAUUCUGGGUUUGAAUUUUUGUGAAGGCCUAUAAUUCCUACUUCCUAGUGGCCCUGUGGAAAAGGCUAACCCCUGUAAUAGGCUCUCAAUAACCAUACUCUGAAUUAAUUUAAAAUUCAGAGGCUUUAGGAUAUCAAUGGUUAAAAAACUGA